AGGCCCUCAGCCUCUCAGAGGUCUCCACUGAACUGUGUCCAGAGAAGGGCAGGUUUCAGAAGGGAUGCCCCCAAACCUUCCCACUGCCUCCCACUCCCACUGCCUUCCCACUGCCUCCCACUGUCUUCCAGAUGGCAUCUGAACACAGCCAGUCCCUGGGACAGCACUGGAGGCACACAGUGGUGCUGGUGGAGCACAGCAUUACAAGGCCACUGUCCAUCACCUCUGCAAGAGCAAGGGAGGUUCUUCCUCAGUGGAGAAAGGCAAAAAUCAAAGCUAGCUUCAAAGGGGACAGGAAGGAGAUUUGGAAAGCUAAAGGUUAGGCAGCCUCUGCUCAAUCUCUUGGAAGAAAAUGGAGCAUGUCCUCCUGGGGAUGCAGGGGCCCAGACCCAGGGAGGACAUGCAGGGGAGAGGCCAGUGGGAUUUAUUGGGUGACUGCCCAAUGUACCUCCUACUGCUGGGAAGCACUGGCCUUGGGAUGAGGGGAAAGAAAAGGGGCCAUUUGUCAUGACCCUUCUGUGGCUGGGGUUUGGUUUUCCAUAGUGUACUUGCUGGCAGAGUGGAGAAACGUGGCUAUGAUGAGAGGAGAAGUGAAAGCUUGUGCUGCAAUGUAGAAAUCCCUUUUAGGCACUAGGGCAGCGAUGCUCAGAAUCUGGAGCAGAGCACAAAGAAGAGGGAACCUCCAUCCUGGAUGGGGUCAGCACCAAAGCUACCUGUUCCCAUCUGGAAGACAGACCUGCUCUCCCCUGCCCUAGGGAAUUUGGUCAAUUCUCUGUAGGCUGAGCCCUACAUCUCUGCCAGAUGCUCCAGCGCCGAGCUGCACCACCCUAGUGCCAUCCCAGGGGACAUUGACCAAUUUCGGGGUGCGGAGGACGGUAAGAUGGUGGUGCCGGGCCAAUGGCAGGGCGCGGGUGCCGUGGCCGUACUUUCCCCUCUGCCGCACCUCAGCACACUUCUGCUUCUGCAGAAACCAGCUGCUUUUGUCCUUUGAAGCGGAACAGAGCCCGCAGGGCCAUCGGGGCCGCUCGGGGCAUGGCCCAGAGCGUGGUCUAUGCCGACCUGAAGUUUGCCGCGGGCCCUCCAUCCACCGUCCCCGAUGAGGAUGACAGUCCCUACGAGAACGUCCCGCUGGGGCCGGUGACAGCAGCGCCCAGCCCAGGGCGCUGGACACGGCGAUGGCGCGUCCCCAGAGCGCUGCUGGCAGCCAGCCUGCUCCUGCUGCUGCUGGUGGUGGCCGUCGUGGUUCUGGGGGCUUACUACUGGCAGGUCACCCGCAGCCUGCAGGACACCUCCCGUGAGCACAUGGCCGAGCAGGGCCGCCUGUCACAGGAGCUGCGGGCUCGGGAGCAGAGCCUGGAGCAGACACAGCUGGAGCUGGCAUGGGCCAGAGAAGAGCUGCAACGAGUGUGGCACGAGUACAACAUCACCCAGAUGGAGCUGGAAAGCAGGAAUGCUGAGCUGGGGCAUACCCAGCAGGAGCUGGCUGUGUUGCAGGAGGAGGUGCAGGUGGUGCAGGGGAAGCUCAACACCAGCAAGAGCCUUGUGAGCAGCCUGCGUGCCUGCGUGAACACAGAUUGCUGCCCCAGUGGCUGGGUACUCUACAGGAGCAAGUGUCUCUACAUCUCAAUGGCAAAGAAGAACUGGCAGGAUAGCCACCAAGACUGUGCAGAGAGAUCUGCUCAACUGCUGGUCCAAGAUGACUGGUCAUCAUUGCUAGUGCCGCUUUUUGUGCAGGCAUCUAAUGCAAGGUACUGGAUUGGAACAAGAAUUUUUUAUGAGGCAGGAUCUUCUGUACGGAGGGACAGCAAAUACCCGAAACGCUAUAAUUCAGACUGCUGGUCAGUAGGUAAUGGGGAAUUAUGGAGUUUGACGUGCAAGAAUCUCUUCCAGUGGAUCUGCGAGAAAUCCCCAAACUUGAGCAGUGCAUCUGAGACCCGACCUCCUUUUCUGACCAAGGACUGACUGCUGCCACUCCCCUCCAUCACUGAACUCAGGAACAGGACCUGGGGGUGUACCCUGGGACUCUGUCCCCUUUGCACACUGCCUCAAUUGCCUUGCAAAACUGCUGGGAAAGGGUGUGUCUAUUUUAAAGCAAGGAUUAUGGAAAAUAGACCUUAUUCCCCUCUCCCACACUCAUGCAUACAUGUAUUAUAGUGCUUUGUACUGUG